AUGAAUGCACAGAAGGCACGCAUUGCAUGUAUGUCAAAUAAGUUUAAAAACAUAAGAGAAAUAGGUGAGGAUACAUAUCAAGUGAUGCUCAAAGAUAGAUUUUAUAGAUGUGAAACAUGUUUACAAGAGGCAUUCUUUACUUUAGAUAAUGCUAAAUACUGGUAUUUAGUUUUCAUUUAUGAUUUUAUGUAUAAAUGCAUGGAUGUUAAUCGUUUUCAUUUCAUUGAAGGUGAUACUGAUUCAUCUUAUUGGGCAAUCGCUGGCGAUCCAAGUCUUCCUAACACUCAAGCAUUUCAAGCAAUUGUUACCGAUAAACAAUUUUAUGAUAAAAACAUUUUCAAAUUCGCACCAUUUGAUUUCUUCAGUUUUGAUGAGAAAUUUAAACCUAAAUUAAAGAAUAAAGUUGAAGAAAAAGCACAUGAGAAGAAGUUAUUGGGUUUAGCAAUUGAGAAACAAGGCGAUAACAUGGUUGCUUUAUGCCCCAAGUGUUAUACAUCAUUCAACGGUUCAAUUGAUGGAAGUGAUUUUAAAAAGAUUGCACAAAAAAUGAAAGGAGUUAGUUUACGACAAAAUAAACAAUUAACACCUAAAAAUUAUUUGGAUAUAAUAAAUGAUAAAGUGAUAUUUGAUGGUCAGAAUAUUAAUUUACAACUUAAAAACAGGUCAAUGACUCGCUUAACAAUCGGUAAGACUGCAUUAACAGGAGCACACACUAAGGCUGUAUGUUGUGAAAAUGGAUGUUGUAUGCCAUUUAUUUAA